AUGGGAAAUUGUUGUCCUAAUCAUGAUCUAAAAACAUCGUUUAUUAGUUCAAUAAGUGAUGAUAAAAGUAAUUAUUGUAUUUUAAUUAAAGCCAAAUUUGCAACUAAUAGUGCAUCUAAGUAACCUGCUUUAGUAGUUAUUCCACCACCUCCAUUAAAAUAACAGAUUAGUGAAGAUGAUUUUAUCAAAACAGCAAUACUUGGAUAAGUAUGAUAAAUAAUUGAAUUAGGGUGCAUUUGGUAUAGUUUUUUAAGUAAGAAAGAAGGACACUAAUAAACUAUAUGCUAUGAAAUAAAUAAAGAUUUAAAAAAUAAGAGAAUGCAAUUUAGAAACAAACACUGUUUUAGAAAGAAAUGUAUUAAAAUAAAGUAAACAUCCUUUCAUUGUAAAAUUGAAAUUUGCAUUCCAAAAUCCAAAAUACAUUUUCUUUGUAAUGGAAUGUAUAAAUGGAGGAUAAUUUUACAAUGUUCUGAAAUGUAAAAAAAAUGGAUUGCCAGAAAAUGUAGUAAGAUUUGUUGCAGCAGAAGUAGUAUUAGCACUUGAAUAUUUAAAUACAAAAUUAAAAGUAAUUUAUAGAGAUUUGAAACCAGAAAAUAUAUUACUGACUGAAACAGGACAUAUUAAAUUGACAGAUUUUGGAUUAGCAACAUUAAGAAAAGAUGAUGAAAAAUCAUAUCUUUUAGCUGGCACUCCUGAGUAUUUAGCCCCAGAAAUAAUUACAAGAUAAGGUCAUUCUUAUGAAGUUGAUAUAUGGACUCUUGGUAUUUAAGUAUUUAUAGAAUUAAUAGGAAUUCUUAUAUUUGAGAUGAUUAAUGGUAAUCCACCAUUCAAUGAUCCAAAUAGAAGAGUUGAAAUGAUCACCAAAUAAAUUUUACUUAAUGAUCCUACCUAUUCUAAAAAUAUGAGUUCAGCUGCAUGUGAUUUAAUUCAAAAACUACUUAAAAAUGAUCCAAAAGAACGUUUAGGAGUUAAAGGAGGUUAUGAAGAAAUAAAGAAUCAUCCAUUCUUUAAUUCAAUUAGUUGGGAUGUUAUUCAUUUAUAAGUAUCUCCACUCUAAACAUUUGCUGAAAAGAGCAAUUUAAAAAACUCAACAAAAAUUAUAAAUCCCCCUCCUUAACCAAUAGAUGAUACACCAUGUAAUCCUCAUAUACCGAAUGGUAAAGUUGAUGGUAUUUCAUAUCCUGAAGAAGGUGAAACUUUCAAUUCCAAAAUUUGAUC